AUGGAAGGCUGCAAGACAGUAUCAACUCCAUUAGACAACAAUAAAGUCUUCAAGAAAGAAGGCUCACCAAAAGCAGAUGAAUCACAAUUUCGAAGUUUAAUUGGAAGCUUACUCUAUUUAAAAGCUACAAGACCAGACAUCAUGUAUGCAGUUAAUCUGCUAUCAAGAUUCAUGCAGAGUCCAAGUCAAGUUCACUAUGGAACAGCUAAGAGAGUACUUAGAUACUUGCAAGGAACAAAGAACUACGGAAUAUGGUACGGAAUCACGCAUGACUCAAAACUAAUUGGCUACACAGAUAGUGACUGGGCAGGAUUAGUAGACGACAUGAAAAGCACGUCAGGAUAUGCUUUCACAAUUGGAUCAGGGAUAUUUUCUUGGGCAUCAAGGAAACAAGCAACAGUUGCGCAAUCAUCAGCUGAAGCAGAGUAUAUUGCAGCAGCAAUGACAACAAGCCAAGCGAUAUGGCUAAAAAGAAUACAUGAAGACAUGGGAGAAUCACAAGUGGAAACUACAGAAAUCUACUGCGAUAGUAGAUCAAACUAUAGCAAUGGCAAAGAAUCUCGUAUUUCACAACAAAACCAAGCAUAUAGGCAUCAAGUAUCACUUCAUCAGAGAAGCUGA